AUAAUUAUUUAUAUAAUUAAGCUAAUAAAAUAAACUCUAUGAAUCUCAAGUUGGAAACUUUUAGUACAGGCUUCAUUUACUACAGCAAGACAUAUCGACCAGACCAAUAAAAACGCUACACAUGGCGAUAAUGUCUUUACUGAUCUCUGUUCUUGUGUGUAAUAUAUUCCUUCUAGUUGCUCAACAAGCCACAGCCCAACCGUCAAGAUUCGUAUACCGUUCUUGUCAAAACAGCAAAGGUAACUACACCCUCAAUAGUACCUACCAAGCAAACCUCAAUCGCCUCCUCACCACACUUCCCACAUCCCAAAACGACAACGGUUACGGCUUUUACAAUCUCUCCUACGGCAAAGGCUCAGACCAAGUUUACGCAGUUGGACUCUGCCGCGGAGACAUCACACCCGAUUUCUGCCGGAGUUGCCUCAACAACUCCACGCAACUGCUCAAAGACAUCUGCCCGAACCAGAAGGAGGCAUUAUGUGUGUACGAACACUGCAUGUUACGUUACUCGAAUAGGUCCUUGUUGGGAAGUCCAGAGAUUACCCCAAGUUACGCUUUGUUCAACAACAAAAACGUGUCGUCUUCUAACGUUAAAGAGCAUUUUGAUAAUCUUAGCACUUUAUUAGAUGGUUUGAAAAGCGAAGCCGCUUCUGGAGGCUAUCUUCGUAAGUACGCCGCCGGAAAUGCGAAGGCUCCAGGGUUUUUAACCAUUUACGCACUCGUACAGUGCACCCCAGACUUGUCCGAGCAACAAUGUAUCAAUUGUUUGAAUAUCGUGUACGGUCAAAUUCCGAGAUGUUGUUCUGGGAAAGUAGGAGCCAGAAUUAUUGUCCCGAGUUGUAGUGUAAGGUAUGAGAAAUACUUGUUUUAUGUAUCUCCAAAUAACGCGCCGCCUCCAUCCCCAGAACUAACGACAUGGCCGACUAAUAACACCAUGAACAAUGAUACAGAAGGACAAAAGAGUAGUGACAAGACUAGAAAUAUCAUUAUUGCUGUUGUGGCCACACUUUCAGCUGUGGUACUAAUCAUCUUCCUCGCCGUGUGUUUAAGAUUAAGGAAAUCAAAGAACAAAGUUCAAGCUCUGAAAAUAUACGAACCAGUUGAUGAAAUUGAAAGUGCGGAGUCGUUGCAGUACGAUUUUGAAACCAUUAAUGUUGCCACGGAUCAGUUUUCUGAGGAUAAUAAGCUUGGACAAGGUGGUUUUGGUGCAGUUUAUAAGGGGAGAUUUCCCAAUGGACAAGACAUAGCCGUAAAACGGUUGUCGAGGGAUUCAAGCCAAGGAGAUGCAGAAUUCAAGAAUGAGGUAAUGCUAGUUGCCAAGCUUCAACACCGCAAUCUUGUUAGACUUCUCGGUUUCAGCUUGGAAGCAAGUGAAAGGCUUCUUGUCUAUGAGUUUGUGCAAAACGCAAGCCUUGAUCAUUUUAUAUUUGAUCCAAGAAACCGAGUCACUUUGGAUUGGGAUAGACGUUACAAAAUAAUAGGAGGCGUAGCUCGAGGACUUCUUUACCUUCAUGAAGAUUCUCGUUUAAAAAUUAUCCAUCGAGAUCUCAAAGCUAGUAAUAUCUUGCUAGAUGAAGACAUGAAUCCUAAAAUUGCAGACUUUGGAAUGGCAAGACAUUUUGUAGUGGAUCAAACCCAAGGCAAGACAAAACAUAUAGUGGGAACAUAUGGAUACAUGGCUCCGGAAUAUAUUUUUCGUGGACAUUUUUCAGUCAAAUCUGAUGUAUUCAAUUUUGGUGUUUUAAUUUUAGAAAUAGUAAGCGGUCAGAAAAAUAGUUCUUUCCGUCAAGGCGAGUAUGUAGAAGACCUUUUAAGCUACACGUGGAGAAUAUGGAGAGAAGGAAACACUUCAAAAAUGGUUGAUCCAUUAAUGAGAGUUGGGUCAGCAUCUGAUGUAAUGAGAUGCAUUCAUAUAGGACUAUUGUCUGUCCAAGAAAAUAUAGAAAAUCGACCAACUAUGAAUGCUAUUGUGCUCAUGCUAAACAGUAACUCUCUUUCUCUUCCACUGCCCUCUGAGCCGGCAUUCUUUAUGCGUAACAACACUAAAUCAUCAAAUCAUUCAAAAGGCGAAUCUAUUAAUGAAGCUUCAAGUACUGAACCUUUUCCUCGAUAAUAUUUGUGAUAAUUUUUUACUUCCAAAAUGGGAGUGGUUGUACCUAAUCAUGUAUGGAAGUAAAAUUUUGUAAGGAUUAUUGUUUGCACUCAUGGUAAUAACAAAAGAUACCAUUUGUUAUGAAAAAUAACAUUAUUUAUGGA